CCUACUGGCAGGUGUUGAGAGUCAGAUGCUUGAUUAAUCAUAUUAGUGAAGAUUAUGAAGACGCUUUAAAUUCCCAAGCAGGCAAAAGAUGCCGGUGAUCAAUAUUGAGGACCUGACAGAAAAGGACAAAUUGAAGCUGGAAGUUGAUCAGCUCAAGAAAGAGGUGACACUGGAGAGAAUGCUGGUAUCCAAAUGUUGUGAAGAAGUGAGGGAUUAUGUGGAAGAAAGAUCUGGUGAGGAUCCACUAGUAAAGGGCAUCCCAGAAGACAAAAAUCCCUUCAAGGAGCUCAAAGGAGGUUGUGUGAUUUCAUAAAGAAAAAAAUCUCUGUAAUAUCUGGAAUUUUACUAACAAUGUACAUUUUUCUCAACUAUAAUUAAACAUUUACAUAAAUGUUGAAAUUUGCAAGUAUAAACUUUUAAUAAA